GUGACUGGUACGUAAAAUUGAAGCUACAACAGACUGUUACCAUGAACCGUUGGUUAGCACUCUUCUGCAUGCUGAGCAUCCUCGGCGGAGCAUACUCGUACUACACACCAAUUUCAGUGGGUGCAAAUGCUUUGACUACGAUGUCUACCAAUCUGAAAACCAUAUCAACCGUAAUUGCCAACUAUUAUACAGCAUGGAACACGGCCCGAACAAAGAUUUUCGUUGCUUUGAACGAUUUGUUGCAAUAUGUCAAUGUGACAUACGGAGCGCUGAACACUACCUAUGGAGCCAGUCAAUCUAUGUUGAACAGUUUUAUGUAUUCGGUUGUCUACUUUAACCAAACAAUUGCUCAAGGGGAUAAUCAAGUUACAAAUGCUAUUUCAUAUGAUUUCAACACGCUAGGUCAAUACUUGCAACAGUCAAUUGAUACCAUAUUACAAAGUUUCUCGUCGCUCUCGUCCGUUACCUCUAAUACAAAUGGUGACAAUUGCACCCUUCGUAACGCUACUCAAAUGGCAAGUGUUCCGAAUGACUUGCUGAGUCUUAGCAACUGUUUGCAAGUGGAGUCGGAUCAGGUUACAGCUAUGGUUCCCAGCGUUUUAAAUAUAAUUGGUACCGUCAAGAGUGAUUUAAUCCUGCUCAACAACCAGCUGAAGAUUUGUAACCCGCAGUCGCCAUCUUGCAUCAACGAGUAUUUCAAUGAAUUGUAUCAGGAAUGGAGCUCCUUUCAGAUGGAGUUAUACUUGCUCCAGAGUGUUAUUGGAAGUAUGCAACAAGAUGCCACCGAUCGCAACAGGUUUUGCGGAGAUCUAACUAAAGCAGAUGUUCAGGAUGAUAUCCAAAAUCUAAUGAUGGCUGUUUCUGCGUGUAUGUAUCCAAAUUAAUAAAAAUUGUACGCUUCUGGUGAUGUAAUAAUAAAAGUACAGCUAUUGAUAAAUGCGAAUAA